AUGGCUUUACAAGACAUUUGCCGUCAACCACACACCCCUGCCUUUCCCCUCUGCCACAAAUGGAACGACCCGAUCUCAUUAGCCUUAGACGGGGGCGAUACCAACACCGUCCUGGGGCGGGGGGGAUCCGCAACACUACCGUUUUACAUACCGUUAACCGCCAGCACCUGUUUCAAAAAGCCAUCCCUUCGACCCCAAACCCCGCACCCCGCUCCCCCGAACCAGAUCCCCAAACGGGCCGCCGUGGCCGUCCCUUUUGAGCUCGCUCACGGCACCACGACCUUGUCAUUCAAGUUCCAAGGCGGGGUGAUAGCCGCAGCCGACACCCGCUCCAGCUGCGCCGGCUACGUGGAAUGCCCGACAGCCGAGAAAGUGAUCCCCAUUCACAGCCACUUGGUCGGGACAACCUCGGGCACCUCUGCGGACUGCAUGCUGUGGAAACGGAUCUUAUCCCGGGAGUGCCGGCUCUACCAGCUGCGCAACAAGGUGCCCCUGACCGUGAAAGGCACGGCCAAGCUGCUGUCUGCCGCGCUGUCCCCUUUCAAAGGGACGGAGCUCUGCGUGGCGGCCACGCUGUGCGGCUGGGACCGGACCGGGCCGUCGCUUCAUUACGUUUACAGCGACGGCACCCGGCUGGAGGGACAGCUGUUCUCGGUGGGCUCGGGUUCGCCCUAUGCGUACUCGGUUUUGGACCGGGAGUACCGCUUCGACAUGAGCGUGCAGGAGGCCUACGCCCUGGCGCGGAACGCCGUGUACCACGCCACGCACCGCGACGCCUACUCGGGGGGGUGCGUGGAUCUGUAUCACGUGACCGAGUGCGGGUGGAGGAAAAUCGGGAGGGACAAUCUGCUGCCGGUUUAUUACGAGAAGAAGGAGGGAGGGGAGGUGCGUGGGUUCUGA